AGAUGCAACGCGGCGCCAACCAAUGAAGGGAAGCGGGGAGCAUGGUCGUUGGUGUCCAGGAAAUACAACUAGAAGCUCAAGAUGGUUGUUGCAGACAGAGUGCAGCUGCUUGGCAAAACAGUUACCUAGUCUGGGCUUAGUCUCACUCGUACAGAGGACGCCAUAUUGAUAACAUGGAGAAGGAUCAACGAAACAUUAUAGUUUUCAACGCAUCAAAAAAAGAACUAUUUUCUACCACUAGUGGAUACAAGUCAUUGCAGAAAAAACUUCGUACCAACUGGAAGAUACAAAGUUUUAAAGAUGAAAUCACAGAAGAGAAACUAAGAGGUGUGAAAUUAUGGAUAACAGCUGGUCCCAGAGAAAAAUUCACUGCUACUGAACUUGAUGUAUUGAAAAAGUACUUAGAAAGUGGAGGAUGUAUUCUUGUGAUGCUGGGAGAAGGUGGAGAAUCUAAAUAUGACACUAAUAUAAACUUCUUAUUAGAGGAGUAUGGAAUUAUGGUGAAUAAUGAUGCAGUUAUAAGAAAUAUGUAUUAUAAAUACUUCCAUCCCAAAGAAGCUUUAAUAUCAAAUGGAAUUUUAAACAGAGAAAUUAGUCGAGCAGCUGGUAAGUCUGUGCCUGGAAUGAUGGAUGAAGAAAACAAUGGCAACAACUUGCAAGCCCUGACGUUUGUUUAUCCAUUUGGUGCUACACUGAGUGUAAUGAAACCAGCCAUUGCAGUGCUGUCGACAGGUUCUGUAUGUUUUCCCCUCAACAGGCCUAUUCUGGCAUUCUACAAUUCCAAGCUUCAAGGUGGAAAAUUGGCUGUGCUGGGAUCUUGUCACAUGAUAAGUGACCAAUACUUUGACAAAGAAGAAAAUGGCAAAAUCAUGGAUGUUGUUUUUCAGUGGCUGACUACAAAUGAAAUCCAGUUAAACCAAAUUGAUGCUGAGGAUCCAGAGAUUUCAGAUUACACCAUGCUUCCAGAUACAUCUAAACUAUCUGACAGACUGAGGGUGUGCUUACAGGAAGGAGAUGAAAAUCCACGGGAUUUUACCACGCUAUUUGACAUGUCACUCUUUAAACUGGACACAAUGGCACUCCCAAAAGUUAUCACGGCAUAUGAACAACUGAAUGUGAAACAUGAAUCACUCCAACUGAUACAACCUCAGUUUGAAACACCACUCCCUACACUACAGCCAGCUGUCUUUCCUCCCUCCUUUCGAGAGUUGCCAGCACCAACAUUGGACCUCUUUGAUCUUGAUGAAACGUUUUCAUCUGAGAAAGUGAGGCUUGCUCAGCUGACUAACAAAUGUACUGAGGAUGAUCUAGAAUUCUACGUUCGUAAGUGUGGUGAUAUUCUUGGUGUCUCAAACAGACAAGAAAACAAAGGUGCAAAAGAAAUUUUGGAACACAUCUUUUUCCAAGUGGUGGAAUUUAAGAAACUGAAUCAGGAGCAUGACAUAGACACAAAUGAAGAUGGAAUAAUUACCUUGCAGAAUAAUUGAAACCAAGUAGCUGUACUUGGAGAUUUCAUCAGCACUUUGUCCUUUUACAACAUGUAACUUGCAAAUUGUUAGAUUCCUUACACAAAAUGUAUAUUUUUGUACUGAAAGAGUUGAUCACUUUGGCUGUCUACAACUUUGAGAUGUUUCAUACACUACAGAUAUAUCUAAGAUAAUGGUCAAUUUAUCCUCUAGAGCAAUUUCCUGUUUGUAAAUAUCUCCAUUUACCAAAUCUUAUUCUAGUUCAGAAUUUAACUCUGAAUUAUUUUCAUUAUAUUUACUUUGUUUUUAAGCUUUCCUGUUUACUAGUUUGUACUUUUUAUUUGUAAAUAAAGAUUUAAUUUUGCAAGGCUUGUCUUGAAUAGCAAUUUCAAUAGCAAAGUAAAAAUGUACAGGAGUUCUGCGAACUUGUACAAUUAUAUGAAAUGAACCACUAAAUGGUGCCCCAGCCUAUGUAAAAUGGUAGAUUAUAUUUUGUUUCCUUGUCAAUUUUCUCUUGAAAGUAUUAGUACACGACUUCAAAUCUGUUCAUCUUUCUGGGUUUGGAUGAUACUGGGAUCAGUAUUUGCUACCUUCACAAGAUGAUGAUAUACUGGCAGUGCUCUGGGGAAGUUACUCCCACAGUGUUUGUGGAUAACAUGUUCCAGGCUUUCUCAGGAAAAAUCUGAAGAAUAAUUUAUUUUAUACUUUUGGCUAAACACAAACCUUCAGCAGUGCAUCCAACAUUCAUUCUAAGUCCUAUAGUCUUAGAGCAGGAGUCAAUGGCAAGACCGAUGGUAUAGUAAAGGAUGGGAACCUCUGCUUCAGAGAACAGAGAUAUUCUUGGAGUCAGAACAGUAUAGCACAGGAGCAGGCCUUAUGACCCAUUUAGUUAAUGCUAAACUUUUCUACCUAGUCCCAUCAACCCACACUUGGACCAUAGCCUUUCAUUCCAAACUUACUCUCAGUAGCUUUAAGUGGUCUGCCACUGUCUAAGAUUAGAGUUCACCCACAAGGACAGAUGCAUUUGUGUCAUCUAUAUUGAGGAAAAGGUUAAUACCAUUAAGUUUAUUUGGUUACUCAGUUAAAAUACCCUAUUUUCUCAUUCAAUUCAAACUGUAGCACAGUUCAAUUCCUCUAUUUUCCUUUCCCUGAAAUGAAGAUACAUUUCUGUGCACAUUGAGCCUUUUUUAAACCAAGUAAAAUCAGUGAAUGUUUUAUGCUACCAGCUAUGAUUUUACUAAAAAAAAGAUCAUAGUCUCCAAAAAACUGGCUGUUUGAAUUGAAAAAAAAUGCCAUAUGCUGUUUUUGAAUAGUUAUUGCUGUGUUCAAAAUGGUUCUACAAUGUGAUGGCCUUCUGCUCAUGACACUGUAUAAUCAGUGGUCAUCUGUACUGGUAUUAGUUAUGCUAAUGUAUGUAGGGCAGAGGCAAAAGGAAUCUUGGAAGUAAAAUUGUAAAUUGAAUAAAGGAAAAUGAAGUGAAAUACUA